AUGGACAAGAAGGCGAAGGUGUUGAUGAAGAAAUACAAAGUUGAGAAAUUCUUAGGGCAGGGGAACUUUGCGAAGGUCUACAGCGCAACAAACCUCGAAACAAAUCAGAGUGUGGCCAUUAAGGUAAUCUGCAAAGACAUGGUUGUCAAAACUGGACUCAUUGAGCAGACCAAAAGAGAGAUUACUAUCAUGAAACUGCUUAAACACCCCAACAUAGUGCAGCUAUAUGAAGUCAUGGGCUCCAAAACCAAAAUUUAUAUUGUCAUGGAACAUGCAGAAGGCGGUGAACUUUUCCAAAAGAUAAAGAAAGGAAGGCUCGGGGAGGAAGUAGCGAGGAAGUACUUUCAACAGCUUAUUACUGCUGUUGAAUUCUGCCACAAGAGAGGUGUUUACCACCGCGAUUUGAAGCCGGAGAACUUGCUGUUAGAUAAAAAUGGAGUGUUGAAGGUAUCAGAUUUUGGGUUGAGUGCGCUUGCAGAAUCAAAGAGGGAAGAUGGUUUACUGCAUACAAGUUGUGGCACUCCAGGUUAUGUAGCUCCUGAAGUUAUCCGUUGUAGAGCCUAUGAUGGAGCCAAAGCUGAUAUAUGGUCUUGUGGGGUGAUCUUGUUUGUACUAAUGGCUGGUUAUCUUCCCUUCCAUGAUUUAAAUCGAAUACGCAUGUAUAACAAAAUAUGUGCAUCAGAGUAUCAAUGUCCCCGGUGGUUUUCAUGUCAAGUUAGAAAGCUCUUGUGUGGAAUCCUCGACCCCAAUCCGGAUCAAAGGUUUCUUGUUUCGGAGAUUAUUGAAAAUAGCUGGUUUCAAAAAGGGUUCAACUCCAAAACCAAAACAGAAGUGGAAGAGCCGGAUUUGUUGGAUGGUGAUGAAGGAUUUGAUGAUUGUGACAAAACUGAGAACCAAGAGACUAUUACUGCGACCAGUUUGACUGCAUUCCAUAUCUUAUCUCGUUCAAGUAGUUUCAAGUUGGAUGCAAAGAGAGAAGUACAGUUCACCUCCACGCAAUCUGCCACAUCCAUCAUGUCGAAGCUGAAGGAUAUUAGUCGGAAACUGAAUCUGAAAGUGAAGAACGAAGGAGCAUCAAUGCAGUUGGUGAAAUCCAUGGAUGGAAAGAAGAGGACAUUAUCCAUAGAAGCCGAAAUUUUUGAGUUUGCUCCAUCCUUUCAUUUAGUGGAGAUGAAGAAAUCUGGUGGGGAUUCAUUUGAGUUUAGGAAGAUGGUAGAAGAGGAUAUAAGGCCGGCUCUCAAAGACGUCGUCUGGGCAUGGGAGGGUGAGUGUACUAACAACAGCAGCGGCAUCUGCGUCUGA